UAAAGUCAAGUUACAAAUUAAGUAUAAUGUAAACCUGGUUUUAGUCAAAUUACAAAUUGAAUACUACUAACUAAUUUUGUAUAUCAAAUAAAAUCAAAUAGUCAAAAGAGGACAAAAGAAAAGCCCAAAUAAAAAACAGAGAUGAAGAAAAACUAACCAGAAGUUGUUCUCCGUUUGGCUUUUGCAAAACUCUCUGAAGCUCCAUCGAUUCCGAUGCAUGCGGCCAUGGCGGUUACUUCUCCCUCCGCCCCCUAUGCUUACAACUGCAGGCUUCACCAAACCCUAGAGUCCUCCUGUUCUCCUUCCUCCUCCGCCUCUGCCCCCACCCUCUCCCGCCGCCCCUUUUCACCUAAGGUAUCGAGCUUCUUCGGCGCUCGGAUUUCGGUUACCGUUAGACUCAAUCAGGCGCUGGCGCCCUCAUCACAUCAGCUGCGGCGUAGCUCGCGCUCAACUUGUCGUCCAGGAAUAAAGGCUGUUGCCACUCCUGAUUCAGCUGUGGAAUUGCCGCUCACAGCAGAAAAUGUUGAGAGUGUGUUGGAUGAGAUCCGACCCUAUCUUAUUGCAGAUGGGGGUAAUGUUGCAUUACAUGAAAUUGAUGGAAAUGUCGUGAAACUAAAAUUACAAGGAGCAUGUGGAUCAUGUCCUAGUUCCGUAGUGACGAUGAAAAUGGGCAUUGAGCGUCGUCUAAUGGAAAAGAUCCCUGAAGUUAUUGCAGUGGAAUCUAUACCAGAUGAAGAAACAGGGCUAGAGCUGAAUGAAGAGAACAUAGAGAAGGUGCUUGAAGAAAUAAGACCUUACCUGAUUGGAGCUGCUGGUGGGGAUUUGGAACUAGUAGAAAUUGAGGAGCCAAUAGUUAAAGUGCGAAUAUCGGGUCCUGCAGCUGGUGUAAUGACCGUUCGAGUUGCUGUCACCCAGAAACUUCGAGAAAAGAUUCCAUCCAUUGCAGCGGUUCAGCUUCUGUCAUAGAUGCAUCUCAAAUGCCCCAAAAUACAGAGAUGGAGAAGCCAACUAGGUACACGAGAUCAUGCAAUGAAUAGCGAUAUAUAAAUACUUGAAACGAUCAUGGAGCAGCAGCAGCAUGCCAUGUCUUGUUGUAUCUACAUAUAUCACUUACUGCUGUUUACAUAUAUACAUUGAUGCCAGUAUUUGAUUAAGAAAUUUGUGCUCGAUCAUUUUAUUCUGCA